GUCGGUGUGAAUCAAAUCGAGUUUUUUUGCUCAAUUCGACAAAGAAUCAGCAUAAUGGCACCAUUCAAACUACGUUUUUCAAAGUCAGGAAGCAGCAGAAGUGCAUCAACGGAAGAAAAAAUAGAGCAAGACUCAUCUCUAGACGUUGUGCAGGAACAAAUAACACAAUCACAAGCGGAAAUGCGUCAGUUACUCCCAGGAUCUAAUAAUGAUAACCGGCUUGAUUUAGUCCUAGAUUAUUCAGAUCCAAUGACUAUGCCAAUAGAAUCGUGCAGAAUACCGUCAAGUCCACCACCUUCGUACGAAUACGUAAUUAAUGAGACCCGGCUUGCUUCACUGUCUGAAAAAUCUAAUCCUGAUGGAUUGACUCUGAAUGAAGACGACAAAAGUAAUCUUUAUGUUACUUUAAACGAAGAGGAUGAAGAGCAGUAUGCCGAAAUAUGCGAUAAAGAAAAACUAAAAUCCGAAGAAAAAGAAAGUCUAGAUAAAGAACAAGAAGCAGAAGCAUGUGCAGAACAACCGAAAAAAACAGUACGCGUCCAACCAGAAGAGAUAUUUCAUAAAUCAAGCAAGGAACUGUACAGGGCUGUUGCCAAGCAAUGGGGUAUCACCUGCAAGGUGAGUGAUCACUGUCGAUGUCUGGACUGCCAAAGCCAUUACUUUGAUUGCGACUAUGAUCAGAAUGAAAAUGAAAAGACGGAUGGUGGUCUUAGUGCAGGAACUCCAAUGCUGAUUCAUGAAGUCAUGCAUGGAUCAGGAUGUGUUAUUCUCUGAAGUGUUGCAUUUUAGAUGAUAUUCAGGAUAUGU